AUACAGACAGGCAGACCGAGUUUUCAUUUCCCGCCAAACCCCGAUACGCCGAAGCUCCGAUGGCGGCGCCGCCGACGGAUGCGGCGGAGGAUGUUGAAGCCUUGGCGGAGUUCCUGGUGAAGCAUUACUCCGGCCAGCUCCGCUCCAUUUGUCUCUCUCCCGAUCCCAAGCUUCACUACCCUCUCUUCAUCGAAUUUGCGGAGCUCAUAGAUGAGAAACCACAUCUAUCGCGUCUCGUUUUCUCCAAUCCCACCGAGUAUCUGCGUUACUUUGAUGAUUCCGCGAUUCUCGCUCACAAAAUUGCAUUGGAGCAUAUGAGGAAAUUUGAGAACAAGAUGGGGAUCCAGAAGAGAUUCAUCCAUGUCCGCAUAAACACAAGUGGAUCCCCUCUUGAACUAAGCCCUGAAACUUUUCCUAGCAUUGGGAGGGUGAGAGUGAAGCACCGCGGGAUUCUGCUGACUUUGAAAGGGACCGUAAUUCGCUCGGGGGCUGUGAAAAUGUACGAGGGAGAAAGGAUGUAUAGAUGCCGAAAAUGCAAGCAUGAGUUUCCUCUUUUCCCUGAGUUGGAAGCAAGAAAUUCUAUUGUGAAACCUUCCAUUUGUCCUUCUCAGCGGUUGAAACCUUGUGAAGGCACAAACUUUGAUCCUAUAGACGAUACAGUAAUACGCCAUGAUUAUCAAGAGAUCAAAAUCCAAGAAAAUACUCAGGUUUUGGGUGUCGGGGUUAUCCCUCGUUCCAUCCUAGUCAUCCUGAUAGAUGACCUUGUUGACACCGUCAAAGCUGGAGAUGAUGCUGUUGUUUCUGGGAUCUUGACUGCAAAAUGGUCUCAUGAAUUAAAAGAUGUUCGUUGCGACCUUGAACCAAUGUUAAUGGCUAAUCAUGUCAGGAGAACAAAUGAACUGAAAUCAGAAAUUGAUAUCCCUGAUAGUGUCAUCAUGAAGUUCAAGAAAUUUUGGACUGAUUUCAGAGACACACCUUUAAAAGGGAGAAAUGCUAUCCUAGGAGGUAUCUGCCCACAAAUUUUUGGACUUUUCACUGUGAAGCUUGCAGUUGCCUUAACACUCAUCGGAGGUGUGCAGCAUGUUGAUGCGUCGGGUACAAAGGUACGGGGGGAGUCUCACUUGCUCCUUAUUGGUGAUCCAGGCACGGGAAAAUCUCAAUUCUUGAAGUUUGCUGCCAAAUUAAGUAACAGAGCUGUCAUCACCACGGGACUAGGAAGCACAAGUGCUGGAUUGACUGUAACUGCUGUCAAGGAUGGAGGGGAGUGGAUGCUGGAAGCUGGUGCACUUGUUCUUGCAGACGGUGGACUGUGCUGCAUCGACGAGUUUGAUAGCAUGAGAGAGCACGACAGGGCAACCAUACAUGAGGCAAUGGAGCAGCAGAGUAUAAGUGUGGCCAAGGCUGGCCUCGUGACAACCCUCAGCACUAAGACAAUCGUUUUUGGUGCUACAAAUCCCAAAGGGCAAUAUGACCCCGAUCAAUCUCUUUCUGUCAAUACCGCACUUUCUGGCCCCUUGUUGAGCAGAUUUGACAUAGUACUUGUACUUUUAGAUACAAAAAAUCCUGAAUGGGAUGUAGUUGUAUCCUCUCACAUCCUUUCUGAGGGGGAGUUAGAGCAGGAAGGAUGUGUCGAUGAUCUCACAGCUGUUUGGCCUCUACUGAUGCUUAGAAGAUAUAUUCAGUUUGUAAAAGGACACUUCAGACCUGUCCUAACAAAGGAGGCUGAAGAUAUUAUUUCAAGUUAUUAUCGACUUCAAAGAAGAUCAGCGACCCAUAAUGCAGCAAGAACAACUGUGCGAAUGCUUGAAAGUUUAAUUCGUCUGGCUCAAGCGCAUGCAAGGCUUAUGUUCAGAAACGAGGUCACCCGAUUGGAUGCCAUAACAGCAAUUUUGUGCAUUGAAUCAUCGAUGACCACUUCUGCCAUCGUAGAUAAUAUGGGAAAUGCUCUGCAUUCCAAUUUUACUGAAGACCCUGACGAGGAAUGUAUCCUUUUCCGCAUUCUUAUCACUUGCCCCAGUAACUCUCCUCCAACAGAUGGCAAGCAAGAGAAAGUGAUACUCGAAAAGCUCAGAUCAGACAACAUUUAUUAGCUCUUGCAAUGGUCUUUGAGCAACAGGUGCGGUUGUUACUUUUUGGCUGGAUCAACGUUUGAAAUCACAAGGGUGUAUUUUUACAGUACUAGCUAGCUUUUCCCUUCAAUCUUUCAGAUGUCUGACUUGUAAAAGGAUAUUAUGCUGUUAAAAUGGCAAAAUUAGAUCGGAAAAUGGAUGCUACGUUCAUCUAAUCGUAACAGAGUAAAAUCCGCGAUGAAGGUGGUGCCAUAUGACAUUUUUGUGUGAAAAGGAUUUUUACCGUAUCAAUUUGCCUUGCAUAUAAAUUCCGUUCGUUGCUAUCCUGAUUGAUGAAAUUCUCUUUGUAUCUUGUAUUUGUACAUCAGCACAUCACAUUCUUCCUAUAGCCAAAUUCGCAUUUUGUUCGUUUGUAUUUUUUCUUUUCCGCUAUGUUUGUUCAGGUAAAUCUUAGUAUAAU